GAACACUGCUAUACGCGAGUGAAACGCUAAUGCCAGCGUGCAGCGAAAACCUUUUCGCUCUCGAUCAGUCGUUGAGCUCGUACCCACUUCUCUCUCUCUCUCUCGCUCGCCUCCGUACCGACGCCACAACGUAUUAUAUUAGCAGCUGCAGCAGCACGAGACAAACGCAGUCUUAUAAACACAUUGUACGAAUAAACACACCAACACGGUUAUCCAUAGUUUCUUAGUUUUCUUCAAUUUCUUUGGUGUGCAACAACGAACGACGACGUUAUUACUGUAGAAAUAAAAUACGUAGCAGUGACGAAAUAGCAUACAUCGAGUUAAACCGUGACUGUAAGAUCGGAGUUAUAGAGAAAAAAAAAAACGACGGAGAACUGCAGAAAGAUUUUCGUUUGUAACAUAAAAAUCGGCGUUGGCCCUCCCUCGUGAACACAUGCGAUACAAGUAGAAACGACUCGAGGAGCAGAUAUCGAAAGCAGCUGUUACGCAUAUAUAUAGAUAUAGAUAUAUAGUACAUAACACUUGUUACAUAUAUAGUGCAUCUGUCGUGCGUGUGUAAUAUACUCACCGCGUACCAUGAUCAAGUGAAGCAGCAGUGAUUAAGCCUGUGUCUGUGAUAUUACUGAACUGUUAACUGUGCAUGUUUGUGUGUCUGUGUCCGUUUAUACAUAAAAAGUACCACUAACGUGCCCAAGAGUUGAGCUAUUUUUUUUUUCUACGGCUCUUUCUCCAAUUUGUAUCGCCGAUUUCCUCUUCUGUGUGUCUACGAACGAGCCCCACAAAGGCCCGUGUUAAGUAAAAACAGUCAAGAUUGCUCCAAAUCUGCCCGAAAUUUCAAAAAUGUUCGGAGCCAACGGUAGUCCAACGGCUUCUUCGUCGAGAUCGUCCCCGAGAAUGAGACCGAGAAUGUCGCCGAGAUCUUCGCCAAGAUCGUCACCGAGAAUAUCACCGAGGAUGUCACCGAGGACGUCACCUAGAUCAUCGCCGAGAAUGUCGCCGAGAUCGUCGCCGCCGACAAUGUCUUCGAGACCGUCGUCCCCGAUGGCGUCCUUCCAGGUCUACAACUCUGUGAAAUCGCCCACGCCUUCUGAUAUGAAAGCGGCGAUCAACGGAGUUCCCUUCCCCAAUGGUGACGGAGGCUGCUCAUGGGCACAACGACCCUCCGCUAAGGACGAGCUCAAGAACGCGCAGUUUCACGACUCGGCUCGCACUAAUUCGUUCGAGCGUCAUAUGCCACAGAACGACGCAACGAGUAUGGACGUCGACCCCAGCAGCGAACCCCAGGGCGAGACGAUGACGUUCUUCAAGGACACUUUCGCCACCGAGGUCAUGAAGGUCAUGUACACGAUGCGCAACAAUCGCAUGCUGACCGACGUCGCUCUGGAGGUGGGCGACAAGGUGCUCUGGGCCCACAAGAUCGUUCUGGCUGCGUCCAGUUCCUACUUCACGGCUAUGUUUACAGGUGGCUUGAAAGAGACGAACAUGACCAGGGUGAAGCUCGAGGGCGUCUGUCCGUCGUCCAUGGACCAAUUGAUACACUUCAUGUACACCGGCGAGGUGGGUGUCAGCGAUAGUACCGUCUGCACUCUGCUGUGCGCCGCGAUGAUGUUUCAGGUUACGCACGUUGUAGAUGUAUGCUGUCUUUUUCUAGAGAAACAAUUAGAUCCGAUAAAUGCAAUAGGAAUUUCUAACUUUGCUGAAAAGUUCAGUGUUUGGAAACUACACGAGUCAGCGAAUCAAUAUAUUGUGCAUCAUUUCUCAUCUAUAUCCCAAGAAGAAGAAUUUCUUCAGUUAUCAACUCGUCAAUUAGUGCAAUUGGUAAGCAGUGAUGAAUUAGACGUGCAAGAAGAAAAAGAUGUUUACAAUGCCGUCCUAAAGUGGGUAUCGUAUAAGGAAGAUGAUCGGAGCCCUCUAAUGGAGUCCAUUCUUCAUUCUGUUCGAUGCCAAUAUCUCACCCCAAAUUUCCUACGAGAGCAAAUGAAAAACUGCGAUUUAUUAAAACGGAUGCCAUCGUGCAAAGAAUAUUUAGCAAAAAUUUUCAAAGAUUUAACUCUACACGUCAAGCCACGUGUCCAAAGGCGUACUCCAAAAGCUAAAAGAAUUAUCUUUGUUGCUGGAGGAUUCCAUGUGCACUCCCUUGAUACAUUAGAAGCUUACAAUGUUGAUGAUGGAACAUGGACCAAAUUAGCUUCUCUAUUACUACCCCGCAGUGGGCUUGGAGGUCUAUUUUUGAAAGGUUUCUUUUAUGCUAUUGGUGGAAGGAACAAUCAUCCAAGCAAUGGCGGCCGAUUUGACAAUAACUUAGUAGAUCGUUAUGAUCCAAGCACCAACUCUUGGAGGCCUUGCAGUCCUCUUUCAAUUGCUAGAAAUAGGGUAAGCGUAGCUGUCAUGGAUGAUUUAAUUUAUGCUAUUGGAGGAAGUUAUAAUCAGGAGUAUCAUGACUCUGUUGAGUAUUACGACCCUAAUUCGGAUGCAUGGAAUAAAAUUGCAUCUAUGAAUACGGCAAGAUUAGCAACAGGAGUAGCUGUUGUUAAUAGGUUAAUGUACGCAAUUGGUGGAUUCAAUGGAUUUCAAAGAUUGAAUACAGUUGAGUGUUAUCACCCUGAAAAUGGCAGAUGGAGUUAUGUUGCACCAAUGAAGUAUGCUCGUUCUGGAGCAGGUGUUGCAAGUAUUGGUCAAUACAUUUACGUCGCUGGAGGCUUCAAUGGUACUGGGCAGAUUACUAGUUUAGAACGUUAUGAUACAGAAACGAAUACUUGGGAAGAACUUAGUCCACUUCCAUUUCCAAGAAGUGCCUUGACUUUGACUGCUGUAGAUCACUUACUGUAUGCCAUUGGUGGAUUCGAUGGAUCUAAAUUUUGUGAAUAUUGCCUAAUUUAUGAUACUAAAACUGAUACAUGGAGUCAAGGGAUGAAAAUGAAUGAACCAAAAUCUGGUCACGCUAGUGCAUUAUUUUAUCAGCGAUGUGGUCAUCAGUGCAGCCACAUAGAUUCAAUAAGUGAUGCGUUACAAGCAAGUUCCUCAUCUUGACAAUGAUGUGCAGUAUAGAUCGGAUAGAUUUCAUAAAUUUAUCAGAUACUCCUAGAUUUACAAAACUAUUGAAUAAGAGCUACUAGGUAAAAUUGCGCGUUUUUAAAUUUCGAUUGAAAGAAAAAAUUCAAUUGUCAUUAAUUUUUAUUUGAAAAUCGUGCAUUUAACGGUGCAUUUAAUUCUGAAGUGAAUCACUUCGUUAUUACAUAGUACAAACUCGUAGUUAGAUAGAAAACUAAAUGAUGUAAUUUUAUUGGAACUUGUUUAAUAUGUUCUUUUAAUUCUACAUCUUUUUAUAAUAGGAAAACUAAUGAAUUUAUGCAAAAACUCAAAUAUUUUUAUCCAAUAUAUAGUAUAUCCAAUUAUAUAAUUGUACAUAGAAAUUUUUCGUGUAAACGGCAAUAUACAAAAGCCAAUGGAGAUGUUUUUAAUAAAAUAUUGCGCUAGAUGUACCAAAGUGCCUAGUAACGACCAUUGUAAUUUUUAAAGAACCGUUAUUAAGUUCUUUGCUCGCGUAUUAAAUGAACAAAAAACUGUGUAUCGUAGAGAUAUAUUUCAACUGCGAAAUAAGUCGAUAGGCUUAUCCAAUGACUGUGUGAAAUAAUAAAUGUCAAUUAUGCAUUUUUAUUAUUCGUAUAUUAAACGAUUAUAUUUUUACUAGUGAAUACAUUUUAGACUGGCUCUGCGAGCGUUGUAUGAAAAAACGAAAAAGCAGAGAGAAAAUAAAUAUUUUCU